GACACAGAUUAAUUGCCUGCCAACGCUAUUGAAAACAGAUAAUAUUUGAUUGAUCUCCAUGUAGAAAUAAUUUCAUUUCGUUCAAAAAUGUCGUCCUCAAAGCAUGAAUAUCGUCUGCCGGGAAUAAAAAGUUCACACGGAGGGAGGAAAAUGAAGGAACAUACCUAUGGCUGGUAUCCUUCCGCCAAAAAUGUCUACGAAGACAGGCGCAUUGAUACCCUUACUCCCUACCAGCUUGAGGCGCUAUACAGAUACCGUGACAGUAAAUAUUACCAACCGCCGGCGACACCGGCAGGAGAGAGAAGCUCACGCGUCAAAUCUAGAGCAGAUAGCAAAUUAUCAUCAAAACAGCCUGAUCCAAACUUACAGCCAAGAGUUCAAAGUGCUCCUAUACACACAACAUAUAAACCACCGCCCCGACUAAAUCUUCCUACGCCUCAACAAUGUUGGUCUACGCAUGUACCGGAAACGGAAAUAACAGUACUGCCACCACAACCAUCACCAGCGCCAUUUGUUUCCGCUACUAUGCCAAGGGAGACAACACCUCAAAGAUCAGUGUCAUGUGCUCAGUCACUUCAAGUUCAGUCACCAAUCACUGCCGGAACUCCUUCAAAUGCACAGAAAAUUGCGCGUAUAAAAAGCGCCACAUUUCGUAGAGAAACUCCUACGAAGCCUCAAAGACCGGUAAAAUCUGCUGGCCCAGUUCGGCCGUCACCAAGCCCAGCUCGUAGUGCAUCAACACAUCAGACUCCUGUACCACCAAGCUAUCCACCUGAAUAUGAUCAAACACAUUUUGAUUAUUCAUGGCCGCAGCCUUCAUAUCCAAUCAACAUAGAUGAUAUCCCUACACCGACCGGGAUUCAGAUUUCAGAACGUCCGCCUUCUGGUAGGUUAUCUCGCAAGGCACCGUCACCGCCAGAUUCAAAGAGAUCUACAUCUUCUCAAAGGAAGAGUCAAAACAUGCCUUCUUUUCGUCCAAAAGCGCCAUCUCCAUAUAAGAUGGAACUACAUCUUGAGGAGGAGGAGGAAUAUCAGAGGAGUUGUGAAACGCCGGAUUAUUACGAGGAGGCGAACAGAUACGGGUGGAUGAUGGAAGUACAUGGCGACCCUCUUAAAUUAAAGAAAGUUACACGGCGUUUACCCUACACGGUGAAGGUGGAUGAACCGGAAACGGAAAGAGAUCCGCCAAAAGUUCACAUGGAAAAUAACGAGACUUUCUUUUUGAAUACUAUACCAAGACGACCUUUUAAUUUCGCUAUAGAUAAAGAAUGGAUAUCGGAAGUUAUUCACAAAAAACGCAUGGAAAUGCAGAAGAAACAUGGAUUAAACUAUCGUUAUAAAAACUUUGCUUUUGUAUACUAGAAAACUUAGUAUUAAUAAUGUAUAUUUAGUUCUAAUAUCUAUACUUUUGGUGGGUGGGGAAUGGAUGAUGCUCCUAUCUGACGCACGUCUCCUGUUGGUAACAAAAAUGUGGUACAAAUAACGGAAUUAUAUCGCUAGGAGCUGUAACAUUGCUAUAUUGGACCCGGCUUUAUUGUGAGGUACAUUUAUUCGAAACAGCAGAUGAACAAUAGAUCGCCGGAUAAAAGAAAUUCCAGGAUAUGGGUGCCUGUUUAUAAGUGACUUUUUUAACAUUUGUAGAUAUUUGCAGAACAUUUGUUAUUCAAUGUAAAUAGAAGAAAGAUAUUACAUUCA